UCAUAGUGAAAGCACCAAUGACAGUUUCAUGAUAUAAUCCUAAUGAAGAAGAAACAUUUGAUUUUCAGCUUCUUUUGUGCGAUUAAGUGAAUAUAAGGUCUUUUAAUCCUUUGCGCCUUUCGUCGUAAGGUUUUCGUCACAGUUUCUAUUUAGUUCCAGGCUGGUAAUUAAAUAAGAAAGCAAAGAAAUGUCAGAGACAUUUAGACUUCAGAAAGUGUUGGAUGCAUUCAGAUCAUGUCUGAGUGAGAAUAAAGAGGUUUACGUUAAAUAUUAUAUAGAAGGAUGGCAAGAUCUGGUCAGCUUCAUGAACAGUUUGGGAAAUGUGUUUUCCUUCAUCUCCAACGAUGUGGUAAGCAAGAUUAAAAUCAUGGAGAACUUCCUUUCGGGUGAAAAUGGGUCCCAUUAUGUCACCAUCCAGUCCAUGGUCAAGUAUGAGCUGGAGAACGACCUGGUGGACCUCACCAAAAGGGGCAACCACCCAGAAUCUGGUUGUCGAACUCUUCUCAGGCUACAUCGGGCUCUGCAUUGGCUCGAGCUUUUCCUGGAGAGACUGCGAACCAGCACGGAGGACAGCAAGACCUCUGUCAUGUGUUCUGAGGCGUAUAAUGAGUCUCUGGCUCACCACCAUCCCUGGCUCAUCCGCAAAACUGUUGGUGUGGCGUUCUGUGUAAUUCCAGGGCGUGACGCAUUCUUUGAGGUGAUGAAUGCAGGUGAUCACACGCAGGUGGUUGCUUUGUUGGGAGAGUCUUUGCCUCUUGUCUCUGAAGUGUACCAGAUCACAGAAGCCUUGUAUGCAAAGAACAACCUCCUGGAGUUACCAUAGAUGGAUGACAUCUUGUAUGUGUUUACAGAUCAACAUACAAAUAAUACAUUGUUCAUAUACAAACAUAUUUGAUUGUCUGCCUGUUUUUGAAUGGUCAUUAAUUAGAUUUAGGGAUCAAUGCAAAUGAAUGCAAACAGUUUUAUCCAGGGUAGUGAUUAUUUAACCUACCAAUUACACAUAACUUACCACUGAUAUUUACUGCUACUGCUGCUGAGUGGGAUUUAUUUUUACAUAUUUGUGAAUUUAGGGAACAAUAUAAAAUCAUGUUUAUUUUUUUUUUUCAUUUAAAGGUGAAGGAUGUGUAUGACAUACAGUAUUUAAAAUAUAACUGACACAACAUUAUUUAAGAUAAUAUAUAUUUGAAUUGGAAGUAUUGUAUAAUUGAAAAUAUAGGAAAUGUAUUUUAUUCUUAAAUAUUUGGUUUUACUUGUAUUUUCAGUUUAUCUUACUUGAAUUCUUGUUGAAUGUGCAUCAUAUGUGCUGGAAGAUGUAAAGCUUUAAUAUGUAAUGCAAUAAUUAAAUAUCAUGUUCUGGAA